AAUUCAUCCGGUGGCAGGAUGAGAAUGUCCGGUCAACCCCAAGCCCUUCUCUUUUCUUUGUUUGCUUCUUUGUUUGCUUUUAUCCCUAAUUAGGUUGAAAAGCCAGAACCAGCAAAAUCGAAUCGGACUGGCCGGCUCCACCGCUUUGCGAUCCGGGUUUUUCCUUUUAAAUUAGGGCCGGUUUAACGCGAUUCAAUCGCGUAACGUUAAGGAACGAAGUUCAACUUUCAGUACCGACUAUAAUCAUUAUAGGGACGGGGAGAGAGGAGACGUAUGGACCAGGGUAAAAGACGCGAAGCUCCCCCGCUUUCAUCGGUGAUAUUUUCUGGUAUAGCUGCGGCAAUUUUGUGCGUAAGGACACGAGACUCCGUUCAUGUCAGAGACUAACUCUCUACAUGUACAGGAGAGAGAGAGAGAGCCUUUGGACUUGGAUGGAGGCAAAUUGGCCUUAGCUAGCCGGGGCUUUGGCAGUUUCUGCAUUCUUCCAACGCUCAUUGGAAAAAGAACAACAGAUCUAGACACCAACCCGAAGCAACCAGAGAGAACAGCCUUUCUCUUAUAAAUGCCAUAGGAGCACAUCCAACCCUCACUCAAUCUCUCUCUCUCUCUCUCUCUCUCUCUCUCUCUCUCUCUAGUACUUAGGAGAACAUUGAAGCAUGGACGUGGACAAUGAGGGGAGCCCUUUAGCCACUUGGGCUUAUUACGGCCAAGGAAAGAGCAUGGAUGAGCUGCGACAUUCUCUGUUCUACACGACUCUGGAACUAGAGAACACCAAGUUAGCAGUUCAAGAAGAGCUCUGCAGGCGAGACGACCAGUUAAAUUGCCUCAAAGAACUGCUCGAGAAGACGAUUGCCGAGAGGAACGAGGCGGAGAUCAAAUGCCAGCGGCUCCUGCUGGAGAAGCUGCUGGUCCAACAACAGUGGCAGCAGCUAAGGGUUCCACUCUCUGGACUUUCCUCUGUGGAGGAUGAACCAAGAAGAGCAACGGACUCCAACAAUGCGUUCUCAACGUCGGAUUGCGACGAGAGCACCGUCUCAUCACCCAGAAUAGACCUGGUUCAUCCACCCCAAAUGACAGCAUCGCCGCCGGACAUUGAGUUAGUCCCGGAAAAGCCGCUCCCCGAGAAGGGCAAGCUCUUGCAGGCAGUGAUGAAAGCAGGUCCACUGCUUCAGACACUCCUGCUUGCAGGACCGCUUCCAGAGUGGAAGCACCCACCGCCGCCACUUUCCUCAUCGGAGAUCCCACCGGUGACAAUACCGUCACCGCCACUUCCGCCAACACCAUCAUUCUUCACCCCGGAUUCUGCUAUCAACAUUGGCAGCGUCAUCACUGGCACAAAUUGUGGUGGGGACAGUAGGAAAAGGGGACUUCGUGAGGUAUCUGCCUCCUCAAGAGAAGCAAAGUACCAAAGAGUUGUCCUCAACUGACUCGCACCACCAAAACAGUCCCUCCAAUUUGACAACUGAUAUUUUAUUCAGCUGAUUAAACUAAGACAGGUCUCAGGACUUGUUCAGAACAGAAACAAAUCGGAAAAGAAUUUGGGUUAGUGACUGGCUUAGCAUUUGUACAUAUGCCCUCAUCUAGAGAGGGAACUACCCAAAAGGUGAAUGGUUUCGGAGAAGGAAUAUAAGGGGGCUUAUCGUUGAAAAAUUUCAACUUUCUUUCUUGUUUAUUCUCAAUCUAUUUAGCAUCAACUGAAAGAGAGCUUGAUCUGUCCAA